UUAGAAACUGUAGUAGUAACCUGAAAAAUUUGUUUCUUUUAUCUUGUGAAAAAAUACAGUGUUCUUAAGUAUUUGUGAUGGUUGGUUCGUUAUUGUGACUUUAUCUGAGACGUUUAAGUAAAAAUCUGCAACGUGAUUACAAAUGUUAUUAAAGUUUCAGACGGAAGCGGAUCUGACCAAUCAGAGAAGAGCAGCUCAGAGAGGGCGUGGCUUUCUCUCUCUCUCCCUCUCUCUCUCUGUAAGUGGGAGUGUCAUGUUGAAGUGUACUUAGUGCGCACUAGGGGGAAAAAAAGGAGUGUUUUAAAAAAAGUUUUAUUAUUAUUAUUAUUAUUAUUAUUAUUAUUAUGAGUUUUAAAAAGUGGUGACCCAAACAUGGCGAUCUGGACUCGAGCGGACCGGAACGGACAACUGGACCUGCUGCUGCGGGAUCGCUGGGUUCGGGUCACCGCGGAACUCACGCGCGAAACUUUGACUUUGACGGCCGAGGGAGAACCGAGUGGAACCGAGUGCUACAGCCCUGCAUCAGGGAUACGAACCGCCGUGGCUAACGGAACCGACCCGGGGAACCAGAACCGCGCGCAGAGCCCGAACUCAUCCGGGGAACAGAACCACUUCAAACUGGGCGGAAGUAACGGAACAUCCGGAGACUACCACAUCCACUACAGCAAGUUAAUCCGCGAUAACGGAGCCAGCCCUUCUGAGUUUGGAAGUCCUGCUUCGGGCUAUGGAAGUCCGGGAUCGGGGCUCGAUUCUAGACCCGGUGAUACCAGUUCAUCACCAUCAUCGGAACCGGUCCGGAAAGUUCGGGUGGUCAAACAGGAAUCGGGCGGCUUGGGAAUCAGUAUUAAAGGAGGUCGGGAAAACAGGAUGCCCAUCCUAAUAUCUAAGAUUUUCCCAGGACUGGCAGCGGACCAGAGCCGGGCUCUGCGGGUCGGAGACGCCAUACUGUCCGUGAACGGAAACGACCUCCGGGAAGCCACGCACGACCAGGCGGUACAGGUCCUGAAAAAGGCCGGGAAGGAGGUGACGCUGGAGGUAAGGUAUAUCCGUGAGGUUUCUCCUCUCUUUAAAAAGCCGUCGGUUUUAUCGGAGCUGAGCUGGGACGGGAGCGAAGACUCUCCAAAACACAACACGACCAAAGACCGGAAGAUCAUUCCACUGAAAAUGAGUUUCAUCUGCAGGAACCUCACCAUGCCUGACCUGGAGAACAGGUUGUUGGAGCUGCACUCUCCCAACGGUCAGCACUUGGUGGUUCUGCGCUGUAAGGACACGGCCACUGCACACUCCUGGUUCACCGCCGUACACGCCAACAUCGCCGCGCUGCUGCCACACGCACUCACACACAUCAACGCCUACCUGAGUGCCUCCAACACACACACACAGCUCAAACACAUCGGCUGGCUCGCAGAGCAGGUAACUGUGGAAAGUGGGCGUCACCAGUACAGGCCAGUCGUCAUGGCGAUGACUGAGAAGGACAUCCUGCUGUUUGACUCGGUGCCGUGGACACUAGAGACCUGGAGUACCCCACUGACCACACACACACUGCUGACCACACGACUCGUUCACUCGGGCGUUACCCGUGGUUCCCCAUCUUUAGGUUCUGAUCUUCUCUUCAUGACUCGGACGGGUUCUAGUCGUGGUGUUGAGUCUCAUGUGUUCCGUGUGGAGACGCACUGGGACCUGUCGUCAUGGACGCGAGCGCUCGUACAGGGGACACACACUGCCGCUGAGCUCAUCAAAGAGGUGUCCAUAGGGUGUGUGUUGAACAGAGAGGAGGUGUGUUUGGUGCUGCAUUAUGAGCACGGCUUCACUGUGUUGAGAGGAGGAGGAGGAGGAGGAGGAGGCGGCGGCGGCGGCGGAGCUCCUGUAGGUGGCACUGUGCUCCUUCACCACCCCUAUGACAAACUGCGCAGCUCUGCAGACGACGCAGUCAGACUCCUGUACCUCGACUUCGGGGGGCCCGAGGGGGAACUGGUGUUUGAUCUGCAUUCCAACCCAAAGCCGGUGGUGUUCGUUCUGCACUCAUUUCUGUCGGCCAAACUCGCACGCCUUGGCCUGAUCACGUGAGACUGAUGGGGGGAGAGAGACGGGGAGAGAGACGGGGAGACGGAGCGAGAGUGGUGGGAAGUGAGGGAUGGAGGGAUGAAUAGAGAGUGUUCCAUAAAUACUCCUCUUAUUACAUAUUCAUUUAUCUCACUUAAUGGAGUAUCAAAUAUAUGCACGUGUGUGUGUGUGUGUAUGGUUCAGGUUAACCACACGUGCCUUUGUGUGUCUAAUCAAACAUAAACAUAGGACCACUUUGCAAAAUAUGCUAACUAUGGUAUUUGUGUGUGUGUGUGUGUGUGUGUGUGUGUGUGUGUGUGUGUGUGUGUGUGGAUGGACAUUGGUGUUGUCAUGACUCGGACUGUUACCGUCUAUGAAUGUGUGUGUGUGUGUGUGUGUGUGUGUGUGUGUGUGUGUGUGUGUUUCGGUUAGUGAGGCAUUCCAGUGCAGGGUUCCGUGUGUGUGUGUGUAACAGCUAUCACUUGAUUCUCUUAUGCGCAUAAAUGAUGGUAAAGUCCUCUGAUUGGCUGUUGGAGAGGAGCCGAGUGACCAAUCAGAGAUCAGCUUGGUGCUUCCCGCUGUUGAUGAAACACGGCUGUGUGUCAUGAACGUUUUAUUUAUACGGCACUUAAAAAAAAAAAAAAAAAAUAGAGGAGAACUUUAUCGAACAAUUAGAACAGUUUAAAUGAAAAAGAUAAAGAAAUACAAGUCAGUAAAACCGUACACCGAUUAAUGUCCGAGUUUGGAGGACUGUUACUGAAGUGUUUAUGCAAAAUAAAUAAUAAUUAUAGUUAAUGAUAUUAGUGUAGAGGUAAUGGAGGUUGUGUAGAGAUUGUACACAAUUUUUACACAAUUACUGCCAAUAUUAAUAUUUGGGGGCGGGGUCUGAUGGAGGUAAAACAACAUUCCACACACUGCGGACCACUUUUCUGACAUUCCGCAUGUGACUGUGGAUUAAGGGGCAUGUGUGCUCCAUGUGGGCGUGUCCCGAUUAUCGGUUACAGGAUGUAUUGUGAUAUUUAGUUUAACAUUAUUAUUAUUAUUAUCAUCAUCAGAGACAUUCCAAAGGACAGUUACUGUUAGUUAGUUAUCAAUGACAUGGAAGUGUUCCAAACUACAUGCACUAUAUAGGACACACAACACACACACACACACACACACACACACAAACUGCCCCCUUGUGGCCUGGAGAGUCACACCUGACAUAAUACACACAGUAUUAUUACUGCGUCUCCUGUAUAUUUUGGGGUGUGGAGCAUUUUCUAGAACAUUCCAUAAAUCACAAACCCACUCAGGGCAGCUAGCUCCUCUCCCUCUUGUUAAUCAGUGAAGCCGACGCCCACGCAGAGAUCAUCACUGAUAAAGUAGUGUACUUGGUUGUUUGUGUCCUUUUUAGUGGCCUUAGACAUUUCCUAAAAGCUGGAGGAUGGCGAGCAUAUCAGAUCUCACUCAGUGCUUUAAGUGUGUGUGUGUGUGUGUGUGUGUGUGUGUUUAUUUUAUAUAUGUCUGUACUCAGUCUCUAAGAUAUAAAUUUGCCUUGUUUCUACCAUCUGACCAGUCAGAGAUGUUUAUUAGGACAGGCUCCGCCCCUGAAACUCCUGCUUCCUCUGGUGGAAAUGUGAUCGCCUUAACUGAGCUGAUGUGAGUGUGUUCCUGCUAAAUAAUCUUCCAGAUGAACAACACAGGUCACUGAAUCAGCACAUACAUACAUAUACAAGUGUUUAUAUAUAUAAUGUGUGUGUGUGUGUGUGUCUGUGUCUGUGAUACACAUAUACAUACAUAUACAUUAU